CUCCACUUUGCGAACGAAGAUCGUCGUCGGUCAGGAAAUGCGCGAGAUACAAGAGUGGAGUGGCGGUGGUAAAAGAGAGGCCUUUGUCCACGGGACGGAAGAGAGGUGGACGAGGUGGCCCGUGCGAGGAUCGUCGUAAGCAGAGGUUACUUCUUUGGAUGAACGCGCCUCGUAGCCCGUGAAAGUUAUAUAUUAUAGUCCUGCAAAUGACGCGACUGUUUUCGCACUCGUCCCGAAAGGUACAUAUC